UUUUAAAAGUAUAUUUCCUACAACAGUUCCUUGACCAGGGUCCAAAAUGUACACUCUUCAAGCGCCAAAUCAAAAUGAGUCAAAAGCUAUUAAUCACCAUUUGGCUGGUAACUCCAUUAGGAACUGUAAUAUAAUAGACAGAUUGAAUCGCAUUAUAACAGUGAGCCUGAUGUAAGCAAUCCAGAAAUUACAUUUUGAAAUUAAUAUAAUGAUAAAUAUGGCUUCUAAUUUGGGACAAGUCCUUGCAGUAAGCAAGUGGUGUGUUGAUGGGCAUGACUAUGGGAAUUUAACUGGCUAUAAAAUGUUCUCCUGAGACAUUUACAUAAUGAAGUAAACACCUCUUCAGUUUUCAUUCCAAAACUAGAACUUUGUUUUUAAGAGCAAGAGAUCAUUUAGCAGAUCUUUCAGGUCUGCAGGUUUACUUGUGGCUUAUAAAGUUUAUGCUAGAAGACGAAAUAUUUAGGAUAGGUGUUGCAAGGCCAGCAAUGAAGAGGAAAACAUUCAGUGUGAAAACGGAGGAUGUAAAACAUGACAUGAGAGCUUGUGGUCUCCCCUUAGUGCUCUCCCGGGAAGUCUUACAGACGACGGCCUGCAAAUAAACAUUUCAGAAAAGAAUGUGCUCUGUUUUCGGAAAUAAAUGCUGACGCUCACAGAACUCCAGCCCAUGUGGAGUGUGUUUUCACCAUGACCAUCACACACACACACCCUACAUAUUUGGGCAAUUUCCUGCAAAAUAAAGAAAACACACUGAUUAUGUAACACAUAUAAUUUGCUUGUGCAUGUGCUUUCUAAAAACAUUUUAUAAUCCAUCUUAAGAAUUGUGACUUCUAACUUUUCCCAGCUGUUCAUUAGCUAGUAAGUUUGUUUAUUGCUAGUCAAAGACAGGGUGACCAAAUAUAAGUAUAUUCUUAUACCAUGGUAUUCACAAACAUUGGGCACAUAAUCCAUGGUUUGUAAAAGUGGAAGCAUGUAAACAUCAACUUUACAGUCAGUUUUUAAAUGUAAUUUAAUGUAAUUAAUGUAGUAAUUUAAUGUAGGUGGGAUGCAAUUUUUACACUAGAAUUAUGGAAAUUCUACUUGUUCAUUCUACUGAUUUGGUCAUGGCACAUAUAGUCAUGUGACCACUGAACUCUUAAAGGGAUAGUUUACACAAAAAUGAAAAUUCACUCAUCAUUUACUCUUCCGUCAUUCUGAAGCAUGAAAACUCUUGUCCUCAUUCACUUUCAUCAUAUAUAAAUUCACCUUGUGUUUACAGAAUAAAGUAAGUCAUAUAGAUUUAGGACAACAUAAGGCUGAGUAAAUGAUUACAGAAUUUUCUUUUUUGGCUGAAUGAUCCCUUUAAGUCAUUGAUGAAGAAGAACCGGUUAAAGAGAUUGUGAGAGAAAAUACAAAAAGAAAGAGAGAAGGAUACACAUGCUUUCUUUUUGCGUUUCACAUAAACACAGCUUCUCUCUCUUUACUCGGCACACUCAUAUGUUUCUAUUUAAGGAUUGGAGAGCAGUCUACCCUGAUUGGCGUUUUUCUCUCUCCCUGCUUUAACCAGAUGGGAGGAGAGACAGAGAGAGAGAGAGACAGAGAGAGAGAGAAUAAGUUUGAAAAAUGAGAAAGGGAGGGCAGGAGAGAGGGAGGGAGGCCUGUUCCUGCUCGUCUGUUAAAGAAAAACUUUCUCUCCCUCCACUCGCGAGUCACAUCCCCUACUGUAAACAGCUCUCUCCCAGCCUCUUUUCCCUUCCUUACAUUCCUCCCUGCUUCGUCCCAAAAACCUUCACUGUAUUAUGGAGACCCAGCAUCACCAAGACCUUAUCGAGCUCACGAGUCCCUGAAGGAAGUCUACCUCACCUUGCUUUUGUGUAAUCUUCCUUCCCCCCCCAUUCAAAUGCAUGUCCAGCGAGGACGAAGGAUUGGACAGCAGUGAGCCCAUGGUGCUGGAGCAGUACAUGGUGGUGGCCAACUACGAGCGGCAGGAGAACUCGGAGAUCAGCCUGAAGGCUGGAGAGACGGUGGACGUUAUCGAGAAGAGUGAAAGUGGCUGGUGGUUUGUCAGCACAGCUGAAGAACAAGGCUGGGUUCCUGCCACAUACCUGGACUCUCAGAGCGGCACCAGAGAUGAUCUGGACCUAGGAACAUCUAGAUCUGGAGAAGUUACUAAGAGACGUAAGGCUCAUCUGAAGAGGCUCGACCGGAGGUGGACACUAGGGGGAAUAGUCAACCGUCAACAGAGUCGAGAGGAGAAAUAUGUCACUGUCCAAGCGUAUACCAGUCAGGGAAAGGAUGAGAUCGGGUUCGAGAAAGGAGUAACCGUGGAGGUCAUCCAGAAGAACCUGGAGGGAUGGUGGUUCAUCAGGUAUCAGGGUAAAGAGGGCUGGGCCCCAGCCUCAUACCUGAAAAAACUAAAAGAUGACCUUUCCCCAAGGAAGAAGACUCUGACUGGCCCUGUUGAGAUUAUCGGAAACAUAAUGGAGAUCAGUAACCUCCUCAACAAGAAGGCUGUAAGCGAGAAGGACAUUCAAACUGAUGGAGAGGCCACCAGCCCUGAGCGCCACAUCUCCAAAAGUGAAAUCAGUUUACCUAUCCCAUAUGCCCAAGAGGCUGGAGUGGCACCCACAGUGGUCACUGGUUUGGGAAUGAACUCUGGAUCUAGCACCGCCCUACAGGAGAACAAGAGCAGGGCAGAGCCGGGGUCACCUGCCAUAGCCCGGGUGGCACCACACAGAGUUGAUAUAGGAUUUGAUGCCAUAGGAUCUCCAAACCUCAGACAUAAACCUCCUCCUCGAAGAGAUACAAAUCUGGCAUUCCAGUUGCCCAAACCUCCAGAGGCCCCUACUGUGGAAGCGGAGUACUACACCAUAGCUGAGUUUCAAUCCAGUAUCUCAGAUGGCAUCAGCUUCCAUGGAGGACAAAAGGCUGAUGUCAUAGAGAAGAAUUCUAGUGGUUGGUGGUAUGUCCAGAUCGGGGAAAUGGAGGGUUGGGCACCCUGUUCCUUUAUUGAUAAACGCAAGAAGCCCAACCUGAGCCGGAGAACCAGCACACUUACCCGCCCUAAAGUUCCACCCCCUGCUCCACCAGUCAAGAAACCAGACUCAGAGGAAUCACCUUCUCAGGCUGGCUCUGCCUCAAAAGCUCCCCCAAAAGCAGAAUCCCCCACUCAAUGUGUCUAUGAGGAGCCAGAAUAUGAUGUUCCCGCCAUUGGUUUUGACUCCGAUCUGGACAGCAAUCCUCCAAAACAAAAAACUAAUAAUUCCCCGAAAACAGAGCCCCGUAAGUUUGAAAUUAAAAGCAAUCCAGCAGCUGCUGAAAGGAUUGCACAGGCUGGCAAAGCAUCGCCUUUACUAAAAGUGAUGACCUCCCCCUUGAGGAAAAGAAACUCAUUGGAGAAUGUCAAUAAGGAGGAGGUGAUUUAUGAAAAUGAAGGAUUUAGGUUCUCCUCCGAUGACUUUGCCAGUGGUUGCGAUUCAGAUACCCCAAGGAGUCUCACAUUGGGUCGAAAACCCUUUGGGUCCUCCUCUGGAGGAGGGAAGCCCCUCAGGAAGGUGUCGCCGGAUCUAAGCCGGAGUCACUCUCUUGGCCGUUCUGAGAGACACAGCCCCAAGUCAUCGUCAGAUGAAUCAGGACGCAAUCCCAAAAGAGAGCCUGUCAUGCGAAAAGAUGUGGAGAUUCGGGUUGGUCAAAGUCCCUUAGCCAGGCCCAAACCAGUGGUGCGACCCAAACCUCUGUUUACAAAGUCAGAGCCCCAAAGUCCCGAAAGAAUGGACAUCAGCAACCUACGCCGCAAGCUUCGGCCCACUGGAAGUCUUCGGCAAGGUGCAGUCCGUGCAGUACGUGGUGGUGAGGAUUCUGAGACUGCUUCUGUUGUGUCCUCUGAGGAUUCCAUCUCCUCAAGAAGUACCUCCGAUCUCUCCAGCGUCUAUUCCAAAGGUAGCCGAGGUGGGGAAUCCGACCAUGAAAGUGUGCUCUACAGGACCACAGAUGCCUACGAACGGGCCCAAGAGUCAGAGGUUAGCUUCCCAGCUGGUGUAGAGGUUGAGGUACUGGAGAAGCAGGAAAGUGGAUGGUGGUAUGUCCGUUGGGGAGAUGAUGAGGGAUGGGCACCUACUUUCUAUUUGGAGCCAGUCAAGCGUACCCAUGACGUCGGUGUACAAGAAUCCCCUAAUGGCCCUCUUGUUGAUCUUGGUAGCACCAACAAGUCCAACAGCCUCGAGAAAAAUGAGCAGCGUGUUCAGGUCCUCAACAACCUAAACCAGCAGAACCUGAGGAGUAUGAGCAAUCCUAGCCCACCAAUCCCAUCCAAACCACCAGGGGGUUUUAGCAAACCAAACCCAGUGCUGAACGGUUCAGGCGUACGGAUGCGUAACGGUGUCCGUCAGGCAGCAGUGCGACCGCAAUCAGUGUUUGUGUCUCCACCACAGCCUCUGAAGGACACCAACAUCCACACAGGGUCUUUGAGAAGAAAUGAAUCAUUGGGUGCAGGCGACCACUUGAGGUCCACAGGCGGCGUAAGGCGAAACUCCUCCUUCUCUGCCGUGCGACCGCAGCCAGUGACCGAUGUACGGGUCAGGUCUGGCACCACCAUUGCAGCACCCGCCGGAAGUUCAAGCCCCUUGACUGCCCAGCGAAACGGAAUUCCAAUCUCUACAGUAAGACCCAAGCCCAUCGAGAAGACGCACCUCAUUCACAACAACCUUCGAGAGGUUUACGUAUCUAUUGCUGAUUACCGUGGCGACGAAGAGACCAUGGGUUUCUCAGAGGGCACCAGUCUUGAAGUUUUGGAAAAGAAUCCAAAUGGAUGGUGGUAUUGCCAGGCUCUCGAUGGCUUACAGGGACGUAAAGGCUGGGUACCAUCUAACUAUCUGGAGAGAAAAAAGUAAUUCCCCAAAAAAGUUUUAAACAUGCACAAUUGUAAUCAAAAUGUAAAAAGACAAACUGACUGAAGGACGUUUGGUUUGAAACUAGAGAGACAGAGCCUUUUAGAAAGGAGUUUACAUUCAAACUAGAGUAAUGCAGGUGAAUGUUUAGCAAAAUACCUGCCAUAACUUUAUGCCAAAUGGGUGCCUUCGUACAUCUUUCACUAAAUGUUUAGAGGAAUUGGUCAAAUGCCAGUGAAGCAACGAAAAUACCAAAUUUCAACUUAGUGCCAUAGGCCUACAAGUACAGAAAGCAACAAACUUAUUUUUGUUACAACAUUAAUGAGAGAGAAAGAUCAUUUCAUCAUAGGUGCAUAACAAAAAGUGCAAAUCCAAUCUUGAGCACUUGAAAACAAGAAAUUCCUGUAUAAAACAUUUUGAACAAAAAUCAACAUCAAUUGUUAUCUUAGCAUUGAGUGCGCUCAAAGAAACGUUUUUUAAAAACGUAUCCUUUUUUUUUUUUUUUUUUUUUUGGAAAUUGUUUUGUGUUGAUGUUUGUUAUAUCUUCCUUAGAGAUGUAUUUCUGCUUUCUUGUAACAUCAUUACACAUCAAAACUGAGUCACAUCCUGUCCUGAUCAGUUGCAGGUCAUCAUUUUUUAAGUUUACUUUUGUGUUCCCCAUUCUUUAAAUAUGCACAGGCCAAAAUGAAUAAAACAGGUUAAAUGAAAAUAGUCUGUGAAAGCUACAUGCAUAGAUCACCUCAUGCCAGCUUAAUUAUUGGGUUUAAACCCAAGUUUAGUUUAUAAAGUGUAUCUGAUUAUAUGGGAGGGUAGACAGCUUCAGAGGACAGGAGUUUAGAUAUUGCUGCUCUGUGUGUGCUAAAUCUGUUCAUUCAAGAAAUCAGGACUGGAAAAUCUUUUGUUUUGUUCAGCAUUUUAUCCCAGGGAAGUAGUGACAUAACAUUGAGCCCAAAAUGUGAUCACACCAAAGAAGAAUUACAGACACAAUUGCUAGUUUGUUUUAGAGUUAGUAUUUAUUUUAUGGGUACAAAAAAAUACAGUGUAUUCAGCAAAACCUAAACGAGGUUUCAGAACUGAGAACAAAGUAUAUUUAAUUGUUAUAUCUGGAAGCGCUUGAUUUUUUUUUUAAUCCAAAGAAAAGCACAUUAAUAUGCAAGGUUAAUUUCUACAUUACGAUAUUGCUGGGCAGUAUUGAAUCUGAAGUUACACAAUAAGCAGUGUAAACUACUACCAUUUAAGAAUAGAGUUUCAUUUUCUGUUGACAAAGAUAUUGAAAUAGGUUCACAAACUUUAUCUUAGUCCAUGGUCCAAUCUUUCAUUCUCGUCUUUAUAGAUGUCUGAGCUAAGAAUGAUUACUUCCCCCUUAUUCACUCAAAUAUUCAUUAACAACAGCAUCAAACAGCUGAUGUUCAAGACUGCUGAAAUAUUUUUCUAAUGAAUAGUGCGAGCUCUUAAUUGAGUUUAGCACUACUUUUAUUUGAUUUAGUUUUCUGCUGGACAGUAUUUUAUUGUUAAACAGUUAAAACAUUAAUUACCUGCUAGAUUGCAGAUAUAUUCUAUUAAGCAGAAAAUUGUUUAUUUUGUCUUGUCUGUUGGUUGUUGUGUGAUCACACAUGGACAAUAAUGAUGAAUGAAGUCGUUCAUUUGUUGUCAAUCAAUGCAUUUGAGCUUUUUUUUUAAUGCACUGGUUUAAAGAUGCAGUGUACUUCAUCAGCACAUAAUUUAUUUUUUGUUGUAUUUAUAAUUUUUAAUGGUUUUAAAAAAUGUUUUUAAUACUGUCUUGAUAAGAUGCCAUUUUAGUGGCAUUUGAGCUUGCUUUUAAAACUUGAAACUCUUGGUAGUUCUGUAGUAAUUGGCUACUGGUAUAUACCAAGAUUAUUAUUAUUAUUUUUUUUUUUGUCUCUUAUGUAGGCCUCUAUUAAUUAGGGCAGAUGAAUAGUGUCUCCUACUUUCUUAAAAUUGGAAGAUUUUUUAAAAAAAAUCUUGUGAAAAUUGCUUUCACAUAUUUUUUUUAUAUUUAAAAUGCAUUUUCAACCAAGCUGAUUGCUGCACCUUUAGCAACUGUGGACACUUCCUUUCUCGUUAUUGAUCCACAUAUAAUGCCAGAUUAUUUAAACAAAAAGAUAUUUUAUUUCAUUUUAACAUCAUCACAUCACUCACAGAAAUUAAAUAAACAUUACAAAAAAAUCUGAAUAAUAAUCAAUCAUUCCUUCAAAUUAAAAGCCAGCAGAUCAAAUGACAUAACACUUACUAAUUAAAGCAACACUAUGCAAAUUUUGAUGCUCUAGUGGUUAAUAAACAGAACUGCACUCCCGCGGAAAAACAUUCUAACUGGAGUUACUUCUCCGAUUUUAUGUCUAUGGCGAUUCACGCAGGUAUUUAUUACUCCGCAGCGGUGACGACCCGAAUAGUCAAAAAAUAGUCACUUAUUAUAAAUGUAUCGAAGUGAUUUGGGAUAAGACAAAAAGGCGGUUUGGUAGAUUAAUUUAUGAUGCACUCGCUCAUUAUAUAUAUUUUGCAAAUUUUGACCACAGAAAAAGUUACAUAGUGUUGCUUUAAAAACAGCAGGGCUCUAUAGUUAUAUAGGCUAUGUGGAUCCCUAAUUGUGACUGGACCAAAUUUGAUUUGAGUGUUUCAUUUAAAUGUUAUCAUUAAAAAAAAAAACAGCAAUAAUGGGAUUUUAAAGUUCUAAUUUGGGUGAUUUUGUUUGUAACUUUUACAUUUGAAAAUGAAAAUGAAGCCAUUGAACUCUCAGUUGCAACUCUCUUUUUGACGAUGGCAUUACAGAAUGUGUUGACUCACUACAACGCAGCGCUUGUGAUGGAUGUUGCUAAGCUCCAAUAACACUUUACUCUUUCGCCUAUACAAUUUACAAAGGAACUGUUAAGUGUCAAACUACUUCUUAUCUUAUAUUUACUUGUGUAUCUGCUAGCUUUGUUUUAUGUGUUCUUUAUUUAUUUAAAUUUUAAUGCUUUUUUUUCAGGAACAGUAGCCAAUUUUCUUAUUCUUUCUCCUUUUCACUAUUGACAUUACUCAGAUGGAAUGAGGAAAUGUGCAAUACAAAAACAGGCAUCUCACCAGUUAAGAACUAUUGUAUUAAAGAAAACAUAUUUUUUUUACUUAUAAUUCUGACAGUUUUAUUUCAAAUAAUGCCUGGUUUUGUACCAUAGUUUUCUUUUUUCUUUUUUUCUUUUUUUUUUUUUUAAUCCUCCUAUUCAAAAUAUGUCAAUGUGUGUUCAAAUAUGUUAUGCUGAAUGUUAAAAUGCCCUGAUAGAUGGAUACCUUCAGUCUACCGGCCAACCAUGACUCGAUUUCUGCAUUCAUACUUUUUACCUACUGUACUGUAUCUUGCUUUAAGGGGUAUAGUGACCUCACAAGCCCAUGGUGAAUCAGUAUGGAAAUAAUAGGGAAGCAUGGAUAUAUCUAAUUCUCUGAGGCAUUUGUCAGUUCAGCCUGUCAAAUCACAAAUUUGAGAUUGUGGGGCAAAUCCAUCAGCAGCUAUAUGAGCGCCGCACCACACUGCCAACUUCUCCACAUCCGCUCCCUACAUUCCACUGUCACCAUUGCAAGCUUUAUCCUAAAUCCCAAUCGACUUACAUAAUGUCGGAUUUAGUCUAUUCUGAAAAUCCAGGUUUAACUUUUCACACCUUAAAAUAACAUGGACUGCAUAUAUUUGCUUCUCUUCCUGUCUGAAGUCAUUAUCUGAGCUUACAACGCCUUUGAAUUGAAAUGCUUUUACUGAGAGUUUGAACAUAAGAGUGGAGAAUUUCACUUUGGUUGAAAAUGAGGAGGGUUAUGGGUGACUGUCUUUGAAUUUCUGGUCAAGAGUAGCUUUUUAUGAGAGUUGAAAUGCCUUCACCUUUCCUUAUUUAACAGGCCCUCUCAUGUGUAGGUUUACUGAAGUUUCUUGCUUAAUGCUGUGUUUUCUUUUCUGUUUACCUUUUGUAUGAGCACAUUAAGAUAUUAAGAUUUUUUUUGAGAAUGUAUUGGAUAUAUUUACAGGAAUGUCCCAGGUUCUGUGACAUAGUGUUGAAAAUAAUUUCAACCAACCCAGUCUGUUGAGAAAAUGUAAGUAUUUUAUGAGGUAUAGUGAUUUUAUAUGAAUGUCAUUAGGGCAGAAACAUGUGUUUUUUUAGAAAGAAAAAAAGCAUUAAGUUUCACCAUCAAUUUGAAGAUCCAUGAAUUUGUAUGAUUUGUACCGAAACGUACAAUUGUAAGAAAAAUAAGUUAGCACAAAGGUCCACCUUCAUGAAUUCAUACAAUGUGAUUCAUACUGAAAUGUACAAAUUUUAGAGAACAAAAGCACGAUGAUCCACCCUUAAACAUAACCGUCAAUGGGAUGUAACCAGAUUGUACAAAAAUGUAAUUAUUAUAGUUAGUUUUCAGAUUGGUUUUCAAAGUAUACAACACUUAGUAUUGAACCUGGAACAUCCCUUAAGCUCCUGAAUUGGAAUAGAAGAAUGUUACUUUACAAAAAAAGAUUGUGGGUGUAUUUUUCUUGUUUGUUUGGUGUAUUCUGCAAUGGUUUGUGAACAGGAGUUUUUAAAUGGUGGAAAGAGAAGGUGAAUAGAGGGAAUGUUUGUUUAUGAUGUUUGAAUAGAAGGGUAUCCAGUCAGGUAAAGCUAGACAUGAUAAAACUCCUCUAAUGGGCUAAAAGAAGUGUUCCCUGUGGAAAGAAAAGCAAGGCUUUUUACGAUAAUCAGCACUUCAGAGAAGCUUUCCGCUAGCAGCAGCUCAUUAUGAUGUCACAGUAGCACUGCAUUGUCAUAAUAGCACUAGUGAGGUGCAGUGUUCUAGAAACACACUUGUUAUUUCCAUUGGAAAACUGGCUGCAACUGAAUUCAAGCGAGCAGCCUUGUCUCCAAAGGCCAUUGUUUCUCAAAACUCGGAUCAGAUGCCGAUAAUCCCUCUAAUGGCUCACAGCAUGUCGAGAUGUCUUAACAUCAUCAAUAGGAAUCAUUUGAGCUUCCUGCGUCAGCGAAUGGCUUGAUUUACUGAAGUGUCUACAUGUCGUGUUGGUGUACAACAAAAGUUGAAAGAAUGUACAUGUUUGAUUGUGUCGGAUGUCAUUUACAGGGCUUGGAAAACCUGGAAAAGUCAUGGAUAUUGUUCUUUUGUAGUUGUGCUCAUAGGUAUAGGUAGAUGCCCUAUUAGCAGCUGUUUUUAUGGGCAGCUAUAUGUAAGCCAUUCACCAUACUGAAAUGGUUAAAGACGGUCCGUGAAUAUUCAAGAGCAAUGCCAGUGUGUCUGCAACCGUAAUUCCAUAUCUGCAAAUGAUUCCAGUAGGCGAUUUCGUCAAACUAACACAAUAUAAGACUAGUUACUAUUGUUUAGAAACCUUUAAUAUUGAGUUCAUACAUAUUAAAAACACAAACCAACACAUGUGUAUCUGUGAAAGUAUGUAGGCCUGUUUUAGGCAUGGAUCAUGGUGGAGAGAGUUGUAUGUGUGCUCGCUGUGAUGUAUGAAGUGCUUGAAAGGAGUUUGGUAGGUUUUAUUUAUCUUUUUCUGUGUUCAUUUGCAUUUUUGAUCAGAUGCAUCAGUGUUUGGUGUGAGGUGGCAGGGUUUGUUUAUGUGUUCACUUUGAUGCGAACAAGGGCAGAAAGGGAACAUGCUGUGGCGGUCUAAUCUCUUGCUGUUUUCUGUCCCUGUCUCUGCUUGGCUGUCUGCACUAAUUACCAUUCUUCUCCACUUAAUUAACAGUCCCAAAAAACAGCACGUGAACAGCCUUUGAACUCUUCAUUAUUAUUUCAAAAAAUACUUUUAAAUCAAUGUACUCCACAAGUGAUUUGUCAAGCAAAAUUGAAUUCUCAGACAGGAAGUGAAGAUGCCUACAUUUAUAUGCCACAAUGUUUUUCUGUUACAGACCAUUGGAUGUAAGGAAUGUUUAAACCCCUCUUGUCAUAAGAAAUAUUAAAAAGUGCGCUCUUGGACAUAUUGAGAAAAGGCCUUGCAACAAUAUUAUUCAGCGCUCAGCCAAAUCUACAUUUUGUCUGCAACUUCAGCUAUAGGUCUACAGCUUCAGCUUUUCAUUUUGAGCAUUUUUGUUUUGUGUUUUUUUUACUUUACAUAUUGUUUUUGUACCUUUUUAUGUUUACAUUGUAUCUUGCAUUGUCCUAAAGGAAAACACAAUAAAAUGUAUCCUCCUUGUUCUUA